AUGGACACCGACCCUGCCUUGUCGCAGGCGCAAACAUGUGACACGGUCAAUCCUGCUCCUGACGAGAGCUCGUUUAGUUUCACACCGAUCAAAGCCCUGAAGGCAUUACCCCGACUGUGGGAGCGCAAACCAUCCACGCCCUUCAAGGGUGGUAUCAAGUCGAAAAAGUUGUGGAAGCGGUUCCAAACCUCAUUCUCCAACAUGCAAUCUCUAGAAUCAUCAACCGCGCUGGAUAACAACGCGUGGCAGACGGCCGUGAACGCCUCGGGAGAUGCAUCGCAUGCGCGUGGCGUGAAACGCCUGCGUAUUGAAUCCGAUGAGCUUGAGGACCGCACGAGACCUCAAUCUCAUCGCCCAGAGAAUUCCUUUCUCGAGACCAAGUGGGAGUCGGAGAUUUCCUGGAAACGACGCAAAAUGCCCGACGCACUAUUUAAUGUCUACGAUGAAAAUUUGCAAAACAAGAGAACAGGGCCAAUCAGCGAGGGCGACAUUCACAUCCACCAUGACCUUGGUGCAGAGGGAGAUCUUUCAAUGACGGCGUCACCUGUGCUCCUCAAGAAGUUGCGAAGCCCAUCUCGAACCCCAGUGUUCCAUGAUGGCUUGCAUGCCGCAAGCCUGGAUUCACCGGCCGCUGACGCAAAGACUAUGGAGAAUCAAUAUUCAAGAUUGGCAGACACAACGAUCGACAACGUGACUCAGGAUAGCAAUAGCAACGGCGCGAUGGCAACUCCCUCAAAGGUUGUGCGAAGCCUAACCCAGGCCCAAGAGGGAACUUUAGUGCGAUCAGCGCUGCGAAGCUCGUUAGACGGCGAGGAUGCUGAAUUGCUCAGCGACUUCUUGUCCAAGGCAAAGGCCAAGCGUGCGGCCAAGGCUGCCUUGAUCACGUCGCAAGAUACGGACGGUGCAGAGAAAUCAUCCGGCUCGGAGGAGUCUCCAGAUACCGAGUGCUUAACACCACGAUCACGUCGGGCUCUUGAGGAUUUGGACGCCAAUUCGCCUUCGCCAAUUAAAAUCCAGGUCUCACCUUCCAAGGGUGAUGGUAUUCCCAACGAUGAUUCAUGUGACGGCAUCAUUACGAAGUUGACAGCAGAAGAUGUGGAGGAACCCGCACCUGCCAGCCCUGUAUGUCGACGAAGCUCCCGCGUGAAAGCUCCCGCACCCAAUGCUCCCCCGGCGCGCAAUAUGAUCUCCCUGCGUCGGGCCAAAGGUACAGAGUUUGUUUUCCUGCAGCGGACCGAGGCCCAAGAGCUAGCCUUAGUUACGAAGCGGAACACCAAGCAUAACCGGGGAGACGCGAUGAUGCCCAAAUACACCCUGCAAGCUAUUGCUCAGCAACAGCAUAACGAGUCCGCCGCAGCCGAUAGCAAAGUCUCCCGCACCCAUCGAUCACGCAAGCAGGUUUCUUGGAAUGAGGAGCGCCUUGUGGAGUAUGAAGACGAUAUCCUUCUGUCCUCUGACGACGCAGCAACAGCAGAGCAGGGUGAGAGCAGCACGCAUGACGUCGGCGAAGGCUCUUCGCGCUCAUGCCCCGAGAGCAAGCGUCCGGAGAAGAAAACCGCAUCCAGUACCCGCAGCAGCCGCAGCCUAGCACAGCAGAAAACCAAUCGCGACACAGCUAGCAGCGAGCUCGAGGGUGGCCCGACCGCACCGAUGCUCGCACCUGCUAGUGCAACCCCACGAUCACGACGGGUACGGCGCCUAGCCGACUCGACGAUGAUCUCCGGCACACCUGUCAAGACAGGCAGUGGCCGCAUCAGCAAGCCUCCCGCUGCAUCGGCCCCCGCUGUGGCUGUCUCGGCUGCAGCACCUUUGACGCCCACUAAGGCGCGCCGCAAGCUGAUCCCCAAGUCCCCCAGUGCGUCUUUGCUUCCAGCUCCUGCGGCCAAGGUGAACGGCACUUCCGAUCAAAGCUUUGUCAGUGGAAUCCCUACGCGGAGUGGAGCCAACUCAGAGAAUACCAAGCGAAAGAGUAUGCUGGAGGCUAGCGCGGGGUGCACUCCGAUGCCUCGACGCGUUCGAGCUCGGACAUGA